AUGUAUGGGUCUCAUCGAGCCAUGGUCACCGCGCCACCGAACACGCGCCUGACGGAGCUCCUCGACCAGCUACGACAAGAGUUUGAUAACCAGUCGCGGAGCACCGGCGAGUUCGAGCAUCAGCUGACCGGUCAGCUUCAAGAGAUGGAAAUGAUCCGACAAAAGGUUUACCAGCUGGAGCAGGCUCAGCUCAAAAUGAAACAAGACUACGAGGCUGAAAUUCGCACACUACGCAUGGAGCUCGAGUCUCGUGGUAUCCACGUCCCUCCAUCUCACGUUGGCGGACCUCCUCCACACGGAGGCCCCUCCCAGGCACCCCCUCCAGCCCUCGGACAUGGCCCCAGUAACCUCUUUGGAGGCAUCAUGGCCAACCAGGGAGGUGGUGCUCCCGCCCUUGCUCCUCCUCCACCACCACAAGACCAGCAACAGGGUGCCCAGCACUCGCUGCAAAACCCUCCCAAUGCACAGGGCCCCCCACAGCCCCCUCAGGGCGCAUUUGCCGGCUACCAGCAAGGCUCUGGUGUUAAUGGAUCCGCAUUCGGUCCUCCAGCUCCCACUGCUUCUCCUGGUCCUGGAAAGGGCCGUAGCGCCCGUGCUCCAGCUGGCCCUGCUACUCCUCAGCAAAAUCAGCAAAUGGCAUUUUCUGAGGCUCGCCCAUCCCCCCAGAUGCCCCUCCAGACCGCCGCAAACCCACAGGGCCCCCCAUACCGUACAGUUGGUAACACCCUCGCCGAGCUCGAUCCAGAUAAGCUCCCACCCAGCCAGAAGAAAGAAAGCAGCGACUGGUACGCUGUCUUUAACCCGGACAUUCCUCGUGUCCUUGACGUCGACCUCGUUCACAACCUUAUCCACGACAGUGUCGUCUGCUGUGUCCGGUUCAGUGCUGAUGGCAAGCACGUAGCCACGGGAUGUAACCGCUCUGCACAGAUUUUCGAAGUUAGCACUGGCCUGCUCGUCAGCACGCUACAGGAUGACUCUGUUGACAAGGAUGGUGAUCUAUAUAUUCGAAGUGUAUGCUUCAGUCCUGACGGAAGGUACCUCGCUACCGGUGCGGAAGAUAAGCAAAUCAGGGUCUGGGACAUUGCUAGCCGCACAAUCAAAAACAUCUUCUCCGGACAUGAACAGGAUAUUUAUUCUCUCGACUUUGCCCGAAACGGCCGCUACAUCGCUUCCGGAAGUGGUGAUAAGACUGUCCGUCUCUGGGAUAUCGUCGAUGGCAAACAGGAACUCAUUCUCAGCAUCGAAGACGGCGUUACCACUGUUGCUAUUUCUCCAGACGGCCGCUACGUAGCUGCCGGAUCUCUUGAUAAGAGCGUUCGUGUCUGGGACACUACCACUGGAUACCUGGUUGAGCGCCUCGAGAGCCCUGAUGGCCAUAGAGACAGUGUUUACAGCGUUGCUUUCGCACCAAACGGAAGGGACCUUGUUAGCGGCAGUUUGGACAAGACUAUUAAGAUGUGGGAACUUACACCUCCAAGAGGAAUGGUGCCUGGCACUGGACCAAAGGGAGGGAAGUGUGUACGCACCUUUGAGGGACACAAGGACUUCGUGCUUAGUGUCUGCCUGACACCUGACGGCCACUGGGUGAUGAGUGGUUCAAAGGAUAGAGGCGUCCAGUUCUGGGAUCCUGCCACUGGUCAUGCCCAGAUGAUGCUUCAAGGCCACAAGAACUCAGUUAUCUCUGUUGCUCCAAGCCCAACGGGCCAGCUAUUUGCAACCGGAAGCGGAGAUAUGCGUGCUAGGAUCUGGAGCUACUCGUCAUGGAACCGUCGAUAA